AGGUCGUUCGUGCGCACAUUUUCCAAAUGAGUUUGACCUUCAGAAGGUGUCUGCCAGUUUUGACGCGUUUGUGUCGCUUCCAACAUUCAGAAGGCGUUGCAGAACCAUAUAUCUCUGUUGACGCGGAAAAUUACCCUGGUCAUGUAUUGCUUAGUCCCCUGCAAAGAUCUCUUCUUCGUAUUGGCAGCGGAAUAGGGUGCCUGCUCAACCCUAAAAGGGCAGAUCUACUCAGCACGUUCGGAGAAACCAGUGGGGAAUAUGCUCUACGUAGGAUACAUAAUCGCAUGCUAAAUCACCCUGAGGGUUGUCGUAUAUUAAGUGAACGACCAACUAUCCGUACGAAUACAGUUGACCUGAAUGCUCUUCGCAGUCUACCUGAAGACACGUUUGGUAAAGCGUACACUAACUUCUUAGAUAAAUAUAAUUACUCACCAGAUGAAAGACAUUAUGUCAAAUUUGUAAAUGACCCGGACUUGGCUUAUGUCAUGCUUCGGUACAGAGAAGUGCAUGACUUGGUUCACACGUUACUUGGUCAGCCAACUGACAUGUUGGGUGAGGUUGUCGUAAAAUGGGUCGAAGGCAUACAGACACUCCUCCCUAUGUGUGUCACUGGUGCUUAUUUUGGUUCUCUGCGUUUAGCACCCAAGUUAGUUUUAGUAACAGUUUUCUUACUCUAGAUGUCCUUAAUUUUGUCGAUAUAAGUUAUGUUGUAUUUUUGCACUGCUUAUUGUUAUUUGUAGACAAACAAUGAAUUACAUAACAAGCCAUCUGGAAUACGCUAUUCAAACUGGUAGACAGGCUGACUUUCUAAUGUGUGUCUACUUUGAAAAACACUGGGAGGACAAACUUGAAGAUUUCCGUGCUUCAUUGAAUAUUCAACCUCCUCCACCUCGUCAAAAACUGUCAUAACUUAUUGUUUUAUAUCUUGAAUUAUACUAAUGUGUAGAAAUCCUGAUAUUCUGUAGUGUAAUUUGUACUUUACCUUACUGUAUAAUCAUAAGAUAUAAAUAUUUCGAAUUAAA